AUGGCUCAAGCAGGUGUCAAGACCUUUGGCAAGUGUGUUCAUGUCCUCCAUCAGAUGCAAUGGUGUCACGGGCGAGCUUUAAGAGAAAUAGGCCAAGAUCGAGUUUGUCCAAAGAAAGAUCCGAGAGGAGAGUAUUUGGGUUGGGAGAAUCUGCUGGGGGGUUUUUGGGCGGAAUGGGCAGGGAAGGUUUCGGUUAGGGAUGGCAACGGGUCGGAUAUAAAGCAGAGUGGUGAGCGUGGGCUCAUGAUAAAUGGACUCUGGACUGAGCUGGGAGCUGAAUUUGAUUUGACAGAAAAUAUAGUGCGUCUGUUUUCAAAGAGCUUGCAUGGGCUUGAUCCAUCCAUAUGA